UGUUGUCAUACUCUGCAUUUGGACUGUGUUUAUAUGGAGGCUUUUCUUUGGGGGCAGCACUAGGAGUAUUACGGUAGGAGGCGGGUCCUGUAGGAGCGUGGUGGCCGGCUGGGCGUGUUUUGUCUUUGUGUAUGUGUUGUCCUGUCGGGCUCCUGUCCGCUGCUGCACGUCAAGGCACGGCUCAGCACAGCGCCGAGAGCAGCGUCGUAGACACGUACGGAAAGAGGGACGGAGAGGGACUGUGAGUCUAAACAAACCACCCGUGUGUCAACAGACCGGUUGGAUUUACCGUGGCGACUCCUGCUGCGCGGAGGUAGACAAGAGCCGGUGGAGCCACUGCAGCAGGAGGCUCAGGAGCGGAGCGGAGCGGAGACACAGGGGCCCCGUCCGAACACCGGGACCCCGCCCGCCCGCAGCCUUCCCCCGCUGCGCUGGAGCUCGCAGACGGUCACUGUCAACCAGAGAUACCAAAGAGGGAGAUGAGGGAAGACCUGUCUGAUGAAGAGUGAAUGAAAGGAGGACGGAGUGAAGGAAAAACACAAGAGGGACGAGAGGCAAAGAAGGAGAGAAACGAAUCCAUCAGGAGAAGACAAAAGGAAACAGGAGGGCGAGAGAGGGGAGGGAGAUGUGAGGAGGGAAGCUCCACGGCAGAGGAGAGACGGAGUUGAGGACUGAUAGAAACAGGAAGAGCUAGAGGGAGGAGAAACACAAAAAGUCUUGAGAGAGAUCAAAAAAAAAAAAAAAAAAAAAAGCUGGAAGCUUCGGAGAGGUAGGAAGGGAAAGCAAGGGACUGGUUAAGGGAGGGAAUAAACAUCUGAAUGGUCUCCACAGCAACGGCCAGCAGGUUACCCCCCCUCCGAAGAUGGCCUCCAACUUCAAUGACAUCGUCAAGCAGGGCUAUGUACGCAUGCGCAGCCGCAAGCUGGGGAUCUAUCGGCGUUGCUGGCUGGUGUUCAAGAAGUCAUCCAGUAAAGGACCUCGUCGUCUCGAGAAAUAUCCUGAUGAGAAGUCUGCUUACAUCAGAGCCUGUCCUAAGGUGACAGAGAUUAGCAACGUUAAGAAUGUCACACGGUUGCCGCGGGAUACCAAGCGACAGGCUGUGGCCAUUGUGUUUACGGACGACACCUCACGCACCUUUACCUGUGAAUCAGAGCUGGAAGCAGAGGACUGGUUCAAGACACUGUCAAUCGAGUGUCUGGGCACACGGCUUAAUGACAUCAGUAUGGGAGAGCCGGACCUCCUGGCAGCGGGGGUGCAGUGUGAACACACAGAGCGUUUCAAUGUGUUCCUCCUCCCUUGUCCCAACCUGGAUAUCUACGGGGAGUGCAUGAUGCAGAUCACCCACGAAAACAUCUACCUUUGGGACAUCCACAACCCUCGCACAAAGCUGGUCACCUGGCCGCUCUGCUCCCUGCGGCGCUACGGACGUGACGCCACCCGCUUCACCUUCGAAGCCGGACGGAUGUGUGACAGCGGUGAAGGCCUCUACACCUUUCAGACCAGAGAGGGAGAGCAGAUCUACCAGAGAGUUCACUCCUCCACGCUGGCCAUCGCUGAACAGCACAAGAAGGUCCUGCUGGAGAUGGAGAAAAACAGCAGGUUGAUGUCUAAGGGUUCAGAAUCUGGCUCCUACCCAUGCACCCCCACCGCCAUCCUGCCCCGAUCCGCUUACUGGCACCACAUUACUGGAAACCAGAGCGGCAUGGACCCUGGCAGCGGUGAUGCCGCAGAAGACGACCUGCUGUCCACCCGCCUGCCUCCUGACCGCCACGCCACACUGCCCAUGGCAAACACACAUGCACAGUCCCAGCCGCACAUACACACACACUCCCCGACACACUACCCCACCUACCCUGGACAGUGACAUACACACACAGAACGAGACACAGACAUUGAAAAAUACACACACACACUUACCCACAUGCAUGCAGGCACACACUACUCACACACUGAAACAAAUACACACACUCCCCUCUUAUAUUUGUUUUACAGCCCAACGUUACACCUCACAGGAGAUAUUGUAAGCGGGACUAACACUGGCCGACAGACCAUCUUGAAUGCAGAAAGCAGGAAAUGAAAACAGAACUCUGCAAAAGACUGCAAGGAAAUUGGGCUUCCUUACGUGACUGCAGUUCCCACAAUGCCACAGUAGAGGGGGGAUAUUUGACGUUUCUCCACUCUCAGGCUGAGAAACUCUGCCUUGAAGAUUAUUGUAUAGUCUACUCUGUAAAGUAAGGAUUUAAAGCUCUCAGUGUGCUUAAAAUAACAUAGGUUGUACUACAUUUUGUCUAACCAUGUCUAAAAGACAUGUUCUGAAUAGCUGCACUGGAAGAGUUUAUUGGAAAUUAUGAUGAUGAUUCUAAAGUUUUACAAGCCAUAAUGGUAGAAAUUCAGAGUAAGAGAAGGCACUUUGAGCAAAGCCCUGAAAAGAGAUCUAGCAUGACGUCACAUAGGGCAGUCAGUUUCCCUGACCCUGCAGCACAAAUGUUAAAUGAUACAUUGCAUCAAGAUUACCAGGCCCAGCUUCAAGUGUAGCCAUUCAGAACAGCUAUAAAUGCUUUAGCUCUUAGAUGUGGUCAGAAGACAUUCAAAUUGGUUUGUUUGAAGCAUACUGAGACCUUUACAGAUACACUGAAUAGAUACUAUCUUGUUACCUACUAGCUAGCUACCUGGCUAGAUCUGGUGGCUAGCUAUGGUGAUCCAGAUAUAUUGGACUAACAAAAUGCACCUAUGUUUGUGAGAGUCAUGCGUUUUUACCAAGGUUUUUAGUGAUGAAUCAAUGAAAUGCCAAAUUUUCAUCCAAUGCCCAUUGUUUUUUUAUUAUGGGUAUACAGUAGGACUAGCAAAGCUGGAUCUGUUCUUCUGGCUUGAGUUUCUCACCUCCAAGAGUGACACAAGUUUCAAAUAGCUGCCAUGGGAUCAAUGUGGACCGGGGCUGCAUGGUGCCUUAAUAGCACCACAUGGACUGUGCUAUCAUCUGAAGUACACUGAAAUUUGAGUUCCCAUGAGGAAAUUUCCCAGUGUACCAGUGCCAGCUGAAACACUCGUAUGAAGAACACUUGAUCAUUUCACUGUAUGUCUGCAUCUGGAUCGAUGCCUUUGACUUUGCUGAUAACUGAUGUGACUUUGCAGUUACUGGAUCUGUAUGCUGCGCUGAGGUUCUGAACCGCUCUGAACUGUGGAAUGAAACUGUGAUCGGAUUCAUUUUCUCUGGAUUGGCUCCUGUACUAUACUGGAUAUUCAUUUGCCCUUAGAGCUUCAGUCUUCUCUGGGAUGUAGUCUUAUUACCCCUCCUAGUGGCCACAUACUUACAUUCUGCUAUAUUUGCACAAGCCAGUUAUUUUUCUUAUAUUAUUCAAGGGUUAGAAAUGGAAGGGAGGCUUAGAGCAUACAUUUUUGAAUGCCCUGACUGAUGAUACAUUUGAAUUGAACCUGCCAAUAACUGGUAUUCAGUGUCCUUACUUUUGACUACUUGAAUGCCAGAUUUUUUUUAAUGAGAUUCAUUUUUCCCUAAUAAUUUUUCCUUACUAGAGUGACAAAACCCUACAUACUAUAUUGUGAAAUUCUCCACUGAAACAGAAGAAAACAUGUUUGAGCGUUGGCAUACACAGAUUCUAAUUGACAGAGGUGGAAAUGAAUAAUCUCUUCUUCCCACAGGGUUAUGAUUUAUUUUUACCCUAAGGUCACACCAGAGCAGAUCUUAAGCUAAUCAGAUGGGACAUAAGGGGCACUCAGUGUGCCUCUAAAAGCCUCAGUGAUAUGUGAAAUUGGGUCCAAAAUGAAUCAUGGAACUGUGCUGCAGACACAGCAUGGUUAAAUAAAGGUUUUCUGAAGAUUCAUUUUUACCAAAGGUCACACCAGAGUGGCACUUAAAGGACCAGUGUCUAGGAUUGAGUGUCAUCGAGCAGCAACCAACUGAGUACCCUGGGCUCUGUAGAAGACGACCCGCUCCCUAUGUAGAUAUAAAGGGCUCAUUCUAAGGUAACAAAAACACAACGAUUCUUAUUUUAAGGUGAAU